GCCCGCGGAGCAUCGCGUCCCGCUCGUCUCCGACGACGAAGAAGCUAUCCGUGGCACCCUUCGGACACUCGACUCGCGCCACUCUGCUCGCUCGGGUUAGCGAACUCGAUAGUUUCACGAAGGAAGCCGGCAAAAGAAAAAGGUCGCCACCAUGGACGCGAUCAAGAAGAAGAUGCAAGCGAUGAAGCUUGAGAAGGACAACGCGAUGGACAAGGCUGACGCCUGCGAGGGCCAGGCCAAGGAGGCGAAUAUGCGCGCGGACAAAGUCAACGAGGAAGUCAGCGACCUGCAGAAGAAACUGAUCCAGGUGGAGGGCGAUCUCACGGCCAAUAAAGGGGCCCUGGAUCAGGCGAACAAGGAUCUGGAGGAGAAAGAGAAGGCUCUGACUAACGCUGAAUCCGAGGUCGCUGCUCUGAACCGUAAGGUGCAGCUGAUUGAGGAGGACUUGGAGCGAUCCGAGGAGCGACUGAACACCGCUACUGCUAAGUUAGCCGAGGCGUCUCAGGCUGCUGAUGAGUCUAGCCGUAUGUGCAAAGUAUUGGAGAACCGUGCACAGCAGGAUGAGGAGAGGAUGGAUCAGCUGACGAACCAACUGAAGGAGGCUCGUCUGCUCGCUGAAGACGCCGACGGAAAAUCUGACGAGGUAUCGCGAAAGCUGGCCUUCGUUGAAGACGAGCUGGAAGUCGCCGAAGACCGAGUCAAAUCUGGUGAAGCCAAGAUCAUGGAACUGGAGGAAGAACUUAAAGUUGUCGGUAACAGCUUGAAAUCUUUGGAAGUAUCCGAAGAGAAAGCCAACCAAAGAGUCGAGGAAUUCAAGAGGCAACUCAAAACUCUGACGGUGAAACUAAAGGAAGCGGAAGCCCGGGCCGAAUUCGCUGAGAAAACUGUCAAGAAACUCCAGAAGGAGGUCGACAGGCUCGAAGACGAAUUGGGCAUCAACAAGGACAGAUACAAGUCGCUCGCCGACGAGAUGGACUCCACGUUCGCCGAACUGGCAGGAUACUAAGCUAUAUCGUCCUUCUGUGCUUCGCUUAACGAUCGAGAUAUCACGCGUGGGGAUCGAACUGCGGAUGCUUUGCAUGAAGGACGACUUGGGGAAUCAUUCGACUCGUCGUCGCGAGAUCAGCGAAAGAAGCUACGGGGGGAGGGAGCUGAGGAUACGGGCCGUGGAUUGGACGUUAUUUAUCUAAAUUAUACGACGAAGAUGGUCAAUGUACGAUGGAGAUCGUAAGGAAUUUUACUCUGUUACACUGUUGUACCGAAUAUUACACGAGACCCAAAUAAACUGCUGCAAUGUGGUAUGCGUUACUAAUUAGA